CGACAGAUCUCGUUCAAAUCACAAAUUUGUUUAAGUUACUUCCGGUUUAAAUUUGAGAAAGAAAAAUCAUGAGUUAUCAGCUUUAUCGCAAUACAACUCUUGGUCACACUCUGCAGGAAAGUUUAGACGAACUUAUCCAGUGUGGGCAAUUAUCUCCGGAGCUUGCACUCAAAGUCUUGUUACAGUUUGAUAAAGCUAUCAACAAUGCAUUGGCUAAUAGAGUAAAAAACAGGGUCAAUUUUAAGGGACAUCUUAACACCUACAGAUUCUGUGAUAAUGUAUGGACAUUUGUAUUAAAUGAUGUGGAGUUUAGGGAAGUGCAAGACUUUGUUAAAGUUGAUAAAGUGAAGAUUGUAGCGUGUGAUGGGAAAAGCGCAGAAAAAUGAUUGUAGCUGCUAGGCUGACUCUACCAUAGGUUAGCUUGAAUGGAAGGAUCUCUAAGACUAGUGUUUGAAGUGUAAAGACAGAAAAUAGGUUGUAGUACUCUCAGAUAUGUGCAAUGCACAAUACAUUGUACAUACUGGUGUCACAAACAAUAUGAACAAAUAUGAACUAUUAAAUACAUUAGCUAUGGUGCAACUAUAUGGAUACCACAGACUUACAGAAAUGGGCUGAAAACUGGUAAAUUUUGUCUCUGGCAGAUUAAGAUCAAAUAGGUGGAGUUGCAAGUCUUCUCAAGUUUAUCACUCUAUGAUCUCUGUCCUUUUUGUAAAACCAUGUAAUGUGAAUACGCUUCAACGUUGUUGUGAAAUCUGAGUUGUAUCAUGGGCUUUCUAGGAAUUUCUCUAGAAAACUCCUGAUUCAUUAAGUGAAUAUGCAUCAUUCAUUAUGGACCAUAUUAUCUUCUAUUUUUGUGUAUAUAUACGUGUAUGAUAAAGUAUAAAACUGGAUCAGAUCUAAUCUGACAAUAGCAUUAAACUGAUUUGGCUCUUUAUAGUCCAUCUUGGUUUUGAAAUAUGGGGUUUUGAUAUAUAAGUCGAACAGCGAGGUGUGAUUUGGUCAGGCAUGACCCAUAGUCACAUAAGCCCACACAUACAGGGUGGUCAAAAAAUGGAA